AUGGCGCCUACAAACGUCGUCCUCGAGACCACCAUGGGCAACAUAGUUUUUGAGCUGUACAACGACCACGCCCCCAAGACGUGCACCAACUUUUCCACCCUGGCCCAGCGGGGGUAUUACAACGGGACAAUAUUCCACCGCAUCAUCAAGGAUUUCAUGAUCCAGGGGGGUGACCCGACGGGCACAGGGAGAGGCGGGGCGAGCAUUUACGGGGAGAAGUUUGAGGAUGAGCUUAGGGGGGAUUUGAAGCACACCGGGGCUGGCAUCCUCAGUAUGGCCAACGCGGGCCCAAACACCAACGGGAGUCAGUUUUUCAUCACGUUGGCUCCGACGCCAUGGCUGGAUGGGAAGCAUACUAUUUUUGGGAGGGUGAAGAAGGGGAUCAGGGUUGUGCAGAGGAUGGGGUUGGUGCCGGUUGAUAAGGGGGAUCGGCCGGUGGAGGAGGUCAAGAUUGUGAAGGCUUAUGUUACGGAGGAGGGGGCUGAGGAUGAGUAG